CACGACCCUCAAACCUAUCCGCCUUACACAAUCACUCCCUUCGAGCAGAUUCGCCGUCCCCAACCCCCAACACCCAAUUCCUAACACCGACUCUCCAUGGCGCGACGACCCCUCGUCCUCCUCGCCCUCCUCGCCAUGACCCUCGCAGUCGCCUCAGCGGUGCUGGGCGGCCACAGUGAGAGGCUCGGCGAGUGGGGACCUAUCCCGAACGUGAAGGAUGCGCACAUCCAGGAGCUGGGAGGGUGGGCGGUGCAGCAUGCGAGCCUGGCUAGGAACGGGCUGUGGUUUCGCCGGGUCACGCAUGGCGAGCAGCAGGUGGUCUCCGGCAUGAACUACCGCCUCUUCAUCGACGCGGAGGAUGACUCCGGCAAGAACGCGCCGUACCUCGCCGAGGUCUACGAGCAGUCCUGGACCAAAACCCGCCAGCUCAAAUCCUUCAAGCCAGCUGCGAACUAAUCUGUCCCUCGCAUCUCAUGAAUAUGUAGUUGGCGACCACAACCAAUUUCAUUAUCUCGUCCUUUGAAGCACCAAUAAAUGAGUAGAAUAUUACUCCCUCGUUCCAUAAUAUAAGAUUGUUUUUCACUCUGAAACAUAAUAUAAGAUCAUUUUUCAAGUUUAAAAAACAAUCUUAUAUUGUGGGACGAGGGAGUACUCAAGUGUUGUGUGGUUGGAUCGUGACGCCUACGGUUCAUCCUCACUAGUGACUACUACUACUCCGGAUAGUGUAUUUGUUACAGCGUAUUACUGGCAAAUAAAGUUGUGAGUUCUCUAGAUUGUUGUGAUGGCCCAUAAUUCACAGUUAAUGUGUACUAAAAGAGUUGGGCAUGCUUUGCUGCGUGG